GUUCGAUUCCCUUUCACUCCGAUAGGGGAGCUGCGUUGCUCCUACAGACCCCGCCCCGUCUGUGCUUCAGAUAGGCCAACCUUAUUACGCCCACUCCUCCCGGCAGCAUCGGCUCCUCUCUGAGAGAAAAAACCCUUCAAUUCACUGUCUCGGGGUAGUUUUUUCUGUUCUACCUUCGCCCCGAACGACGUCACGCUUUCCUCCCCUCUCACCACGAUUUGACACACGGGUUAUUUUUGGGUUCCGGAGCGAGCACCGAUAUGCUCGGAUCCGGGAACCCUCGGUGACAUAGUAGACGGAUUGCAUACUGCUUUGAGCGCUGGCUGGAAAGAUGUUCUCUGAAGGCCAUGGCCCGUCGGGGGCUGCCAGCGGCUCUCAAGAGCAGCAGGGUACAACUUCGGACAGCCCGCCAUCGUCUACGCUUCAUGUAUCGGCCGAGUCUCCAUCCCAACCUACUUUUCUGGAUCGCUUCGAAAUGCUUGCUACACGUGUGCCGGAUUAUUACAUCACACCGUUUUGCGGGGCCAGUGCGGGCGUUGCCUCGGGGAUCGUUACCUGUCCUCUUGAUGUAAUCAAGACCAAGUUGCAGGCUCAGGGUGGAUUCGCGCGACGACGUGGCGGCAAGUCGGUCGAGGCUAAGACACUGUACCGGGGAAUGCUGGGAACUGGACGAGUAAUAUGGCGGGAAGAUGGCAUUCGAGGCCUUUAUCAAGGAUUGGGUCCUAUGCUCCUGGGAUACCUGCCGACGUGGGCGGUCUAUUUAGCGGUCUACGAUCGAUCUCGGGAGUAUUUCUACGAAACAACAGAUAGUUGGUGGCUUUCACGAGGUUACGCCUCGAUAACGGCGGGCGCUUGCUCGACACUUGCGACAAAUCCGAUAUGGGUGAUUAAGACACGACUUAUGUCACAGAGCCUCCGGUCAAGCAGCGAAGGCUACCGGGCUCCGUGGCAAUACAAAAAUACAUGGGAUGCGGCCCGCAAAAUGUACAGAAGUGAAGGAAUCCGUUCGUUCUACUCCGGCCUGACUCCAGCGCUGCUGGGACUGGCGCAUGUGGCCAUUCAGUUCCCUCUCUACGAAUACUUGAAAAUGGCAUUUACGGGCUAUAGUAUUGGCGAACAUCCUGAUACUGGCAGCUCGCACUGGGUGGGCAUUACAUCCGCGACAUUCCUGAGUAAGGUUUGUGCCAGCACUGCGACAUACCCGCAUGAAGUGCUUCGGACACGACUCCAAACGCAGCAGAGGACAUCACCGGCGGCCUCGCCCGAAGAGAUCUCGUUCCGCGGCGGGAUGGAUCACCCCCAGGGUCAUAGCAGGCCCCCGGGUGCGGCUUCGUCGGACGGGAUGCCCAAUCGACCCCGGUACACGGGGAUCAUUCGCACAUGCCAGACCAUUCUGAGAGAAGAAGGCUGGCGCGCAUUCUACUCUGGGAUCGGCACGAACCUGUUCCGGGCAGUCCCGGCUGCGAUGACCACCAUGCUCACUUAUGAGUACUUGAAGAAAACCAUUGGACAUGUGCAACAUGAGGGGGAGUUGAAGCUGCAGAAGCUGGAGGCCACAUCAGACAGUGGAAUCUAAUUACUAGACGGAUGGUCUGUGACAAGGUGACGAGCCAAGGGCAUCGCACCUGAGCUGGGAUUUAUUGCACCCUAGCGAUUUUAUUUUUGUUCCGUGCUAGUCGUACAUCGCGAAGAUACACUACCAUAGAGGACAUUCAUUUCCUGGGCUGCAGCCCAUGAUAUCCUGCCUGCACGUUGUUUUGAUCCUUUCGACACAUCCUCGGCACAGCGAUACACCCCUGCGGAGUAGGGGUAGAUGUAUGAUGUGCUGUUGACAUGUGAAAUUCCAAACAAACUAGUCUUGUUCUGAGUUGUUGAAAUUCUUGGUGGUUAUGGUUGUGAGCGUUCUUGUCAUUUUUCCCCCGGAUCGAUAAACCUCAAUUGCGAUUGUAUAUACAUACAAAUCUUCCCUCUAGAACAUAUGCUUCGUAGUAAGAUAAAUAGCAUUCAACAUUCCGAA